CGGUUUAGUGAAGUUUUUAUUCUUAUUUUGCGUAAAUUAAAAACAAUUUGAAAAAAUGUCUAAAAUACGAAAAAAUAUUAAGUGUUUGAUAAACCAGUGGAUUGAACUAUAUAAUAGAGAUAUUAAAAAAUUAAAGUCAUCUAAUUUACCUUUGUUUGAUGCGACAAAAAUUGUUAAUGAAAUUAUUUUAAACAUGGAAAAAGUGUCCGGUAAUAAUGGAAAAAUUAUUAAAGAGAAAGUUUCUGAUUUAAUACACAAAAAUGGUGGUUUUAAAAUAUUGAAGCAGAUAUCAGAUGUUUUAUCCGGGAAAAAAGAAAGUUUUUUACCCCUAAAUUUUACACCCACGAUGAGUACUUGUAUGAAAUAUGCACCUAUAACAUCUGUGAACAUUGAACGGUCGUUUAGUACUUACAAAAUGAUAUUAACUGAAAAAAGAACCAACAUGACCCCACAAAAUAUGUAA